GGCUGGUCUGGUAGGAACAACGAAAGUACCUCUUUCACCAAUUCUAGAGCCAAUUAUGAAUUAGGAUGUUGCACGAAGGAAUCGAUGUGCCAUGGCUGCUGCAUAAGGGUUAUUAAGUAGUUCAUGUUCUAAUUCUAAGUGAGAUGAGGUAAGACAGAUCCGAUCGGACUUCUUUCUUCUCAUAUUUCAUAUUUCCACGUUUUCGAUAUAACUUGAGCUGUAAACCUGCUACCUAGCUACAAUUUGAAACUCCUCACCAUUCCUAACCCAACAAAAUACCAUGGGAUCGGGUAAAGUGGAGGUCAUACAAUACCUUGUCGACACCCGCCAAUUAUGGCCUGGGGCGACUAAGACAAAAGACCUCGAGAAAGAGGCGUCGCGCGCAUUGGCCCUCCUCACCGAGGAUGAGAAGAAGGCAGUGCUAAAAUAUUACUUCGUCGCCGAUGCGAAGAUGUCGCUUGCUUCGCAUCUGCUCAAGCAUUGGGUCGUCAGCAAAUAUGCUGGCGUUUCGUGGUGGGACACUAAGCUGACGCGGGACGAAAAGACUAAACCUGUCUACGUAGACCCUGCUACGGGCAAACAACCUGUCGCGUUCAACGUCAGCCAUCAGGCCGGUAUCGUCGCUCUCGUAGCUGUGGCCGGGUAUGAUGGUAAAGUCGAUGUCGGGACCGAUAUAGUCUGCACGAGCGAGCGGCGCGUGCGCGACCAUAAGGUUAUCAAUACGGAGGGCUGGAAUAGUUUCGUCGACCUGCACUCGGAUGUAUUCGGUCGGUCGGAGGCGGGCUAUCUGAAGGGUGAUCUGUUGAGCACACAGCCAGGCCUACCUCCGCUGGCGCGCGGCGACGAAAUCAUCGACUUCAAGCUGCGGGCUUUCUACACGCUCUGGUGCCUGCGCGAGGCUUACGUUAAGAUGACAGGCGAGGCGCUCCUGGCGCCAUGGCUCAAGGACCUCGAGUUCAAGCACUUCCGGGCUCCGCACCCCAGCCAGGGGUUCGUGCAACUGCCGGACGGCGAGGUCGUCGAGAAGCAGGAGAUCAUUAAGGUCCACGAGAUCCUGUUCCACGGGAACAAGGUCGACGAUGCAAACAUCUGCCUGCGCUCCCUAGGGCCCGACUACAUGACCUGCUCUGCCAUCCGGACCCCGGACCGCAAGGAAGACGCUCUUAGCUGGGACCUGGGACCGUACGAGUUCCUGCCGAUGAACCAGAUCUUGUCUGACGCGGAAGACAGGCUAGACGACUGAUUGGCUGAACUGAGUCAUCUUGUGCAUUACGAAGAUUACGAAGUUGAUUUAAGGGUAUGCAUAGAUGAAACAUGUGUUCUCAUAUACAUAGAAUGCUUUUGAUAUGGUCCUGAAAUAUGAACCUUUUAUAGUCACUUGACCACAUCUUUUUCUAUCUACCUAGUAUGUACAUAGAGUAGUUGCCUACCGGAUCUAGAUUCCGUCGAAUUACCACCGACUUAGCCGCAGCCUAGGCGGCGAAGAUGGUGUGCAUCAACAGCCUUGCUACGGCUUCUAGAGGAGGGUUAUGGUCACAUCGCCCUACACCCGACUCCUGCAGGGUGACGGCAGUAUGCGCCAGAUGAUCUUCGUUCGAGACUACCUAACCUACCUAACAUGACUUUUUUUGUGGCGCCGUAGUUCGUCGUGAUAUUUACUAAUUUAGAUUUGGCCAUAUGGUUUGUUGUAGUAUUUUGAGGCUCGAGACCAAUUGUAGAGAAUCCCCAUAACCAUAUUGCCGUACCCGCUUCGGGUUGUGAGUUGGGUUAGAGUCUUUGGUGUGUGGACUUUAUUCAAUGAUAAUACUGAGAAACGCUAAGUAGCAUUUUCUCUUGUUGUGCAAACCUUGGUAAUGUGUAACUUUGGGAAACGAGAUGACUAGGUACCUUAGGUAUAGAAAUUUUCAUACUUUAUAUGCUGUUUUCCCG